UAAAUGAAAAUUAUACUAGGCACCAGUGUACCACAAACAUAGACAUGGAAAAAAUGAGAUUUGAAUACGGACAUGAUAAAAACUGGUUACUUUAAGUUUUUAAUGUUAAAAAUGAAAUUUGGCGUUCGAAAAUAACGAUUGCAAUAGGUUUUCGAGAUUAAAAAUGUUGAUCGAAUCAAGUAUCCGUCAUCUCUUAUAACAAUACACACACUCAAUCUAGAUAAUAAUUAUGUUAACCUGAAAAAAGAGGCGCUCGUGCAUGCAGCCACGUUGCAAAAACCCAUCCCCAAAGUUUGGCGGGUGUAGGUGUCAGCAACAAACAAAAACGGGAGAGAAAGGGUAUUAUCGGCACAUAAAAAACAUACUGUAGCCCCAAAACCUCAUGGACAGGGUUUUCGUGCAACCCUGUAUAGACCUCACUGUCUCUGCCACUCUUUCUUUUGUCUCUGUGUUUUCAUUUUCAAGAAAUGAUUUCAUUACUCUUCUGUCUCUAAAUACAAAAAUCUCUGUAUAACAAGAAUCAAGAAACGAAAGAAUUUACAAAUUGGGUUUCGUAGUGAUGGAUCUUGACAAAAAUGUGAGCAUAGAGAUCAAGAAAUGUACUGAUUGCAACACCACCAAGACUCCCUUAUGGAGAGCUGGUCCUUCUGGCCCCAAGUCGCUGUGCAACGCUUGUGGAAUCAGAUACAGAAAAACAAAAGGAGAAGAAAUCUUGGGUUUGAACCACGGUCCGUUCAAGAAAAGAAAAAGAUCCAGGCUCACCACCGCCACCACUACGACGGCCACCUCGUCGUCGGAAACUUCUGGUGAUGAGUUGAGGGAGGCGGUGAAGAUGAGAGUACUAAUGGUAAUGAAAAAGCAGAGGUGUCAAAGGAGGAGAAGGCUGCUGGGAGAGGAAGAGCAGCAGGCUGCUUUUUCAUUAAUGGCGUUGUCUUGUGGGUCUGUUUUUGCAUGAAUUAGGAAAAAUGGUAACACAGACAAAAUUAUAGGACUAAAAGUUAAACUAACCUUUACUUACAUUCCUUUUUUUCUCUGUUUUUUUAAUAGUUUUAUUAGGGUUUAGGGUUUUUUUAGUUUUUUUUUUUUUAACAAAGAUGAUAGGGGAAAAGAAAUGAAAUAUGGUCAUGGGCCCUAUGGGCUAUGAUAAGAUGUUUGAUUUUGCAAUUUUCUUCUUUCUUAAUUUUCAAAGAAAGAAAUGAAGAAAAGGGAUUAAGGUUAAUUAUUAAGGAAUAUGUAUAUAUACAAGUUUAAUUUUAUUAUUAA